UUAAGUUGGAAGUGUUGUCUUGAUUGCAUAUAAUUGUACAGGUGUACCUAAUAAACCGGCUGUUACAUUAAUUUAAUAUCAAAAUGCAACUUUUGCGGGUAAUCAACUUCUGUACUGAGAAGGAACUUGCUUUCUGUGAAAUCAUAUGCUUUCACCGACGCAUGCACAGCGCCCUCUGCAGGUCAGUGGCAGACGUCGUUUCGUGUUACUACUUGUGGUGUUUCUGAAUCGAGGAACAACAAAAAAAUGUCUGAGUGCGACAUGUUCAAUUGUUGAGGAACAACAUCCACCUGCAGACACCUCAACAGGUCGUCGAUUCAACCGACGGCUAACUAUAUGAUUCCCGUUGUGUUAUCGGCCGACGACCCAGAAAGAUGCUGCAGAAAGCACUGGGAUCCAUUGUAGGUCUUCUUUGUACCGGGACCUGUCUGGUACAGGGGAAGGAGUUCUGUUUUGGGGUAAACAAUGAACAGUACCGCUGUGAGAUGGGGUAUUGUUGUGGAGAGACAGAGUGCUGCACCUACUACUAUGAGCUCUGGUGGUUCUGGUUGGUAUGGACCUUAAUUAUCAUGCUGAGUUGCUGCUGUGCCUACCGACACCGGAGAGUUAAAAUGCGUCUGCAGCAGGAGCAACGCCAACGUGAGAUCAGCCUCAUGGCCUAUCAGGGAGCCUCCAGCUCCUUCGUUUCCCCUCCACCCAUCAAUCUACGGUUCUGGAAUGACUGCAAGCUUCCUGACUAUGAAGAGGUUGUAGGUCACCCCCCAACGCCACCUCCCCCUUACUCUGAAAACCCUCCUGUACCUGCCUCAGCUCUCCCUUCACAAGUGACCCAGCCAGACACUGCCACAGCGACACAUCUGCUGACUGAGGCAGACCCCAGGGUGAACACUCAAGCAUCAGGCUCAUCAUCAGACCAGGAAGCAGCGUCAGUGCCCAUCCAAGCACAGCAUCUGGAAGAGGAGAAUGCGGAGGCUUCAAUGAUGGCAGCAGAGGAGGAUGAGGAGCUAGUCACCCGACGUCGGCAUGUGACCGGUGACUCUGGGAUUGAGGUAUGCGUUUGCCAGGUGGAUGUAGACGAGGGCUCAGGGCUUGAGGAGGAAAGCGAAGAGGAGCACCGGAUGUGCAAGGUCAGCGAUGGGGACUGCUGCUCCACGCACCAGCAGCAGCCCUUCAGACAGAAGGAUCAUGCAUCUGAGCUGCCCAGCCAGACCACCAGCACCAGCAGUGGAGACCACAUGGUGUGAUCCACAGCAUAACUCAACCAGUGCAGCUUCCUGCUUCACACUGGGUGAUGAGAUAGAUGUUGCCAUCAUCAUCAUCACCACAGGAACUGUCUGUAACACAUAGGCAUGAUGUUACGAUGAUGAUAACUAAUCUUUAAUGGCUUCAGUUUAGGAAAGUUGAAUAACACAUUGUAGGGUGAAACACCUAGCUUUGUUUUUGUUUUUUUGUUUUGUUUUUUUAAUUUCUUUUUCUUUUUUUUUUUUUGGUUUGCUUUUCCUUAGUGGAGAAAUUAGCAAACAUACUGAUGCUCUGUUUGGUAUAUCUGUGUUUUCUUCUUGGUGGUAAGUGGGCAAAUGUCAGCAGUUGUGAUUGGAUUUCUGACUGAAAUAAGAAUUGGCAGUUUAACUGUUUAGCCUUGCUCCUACCCUCUCCUUGAGCACUGUUGUCAUGUUUCUGUUUUUAUCUUGGCACUCCCCUUAGUCAGAACAUUUCUGUCCAUCUGAUAUUUUACCUCAGUAGGGUGGUCAUCUAGGCACAUACCAACACUGUCAACAACUUUUAUCCCCUGUCCCCACUACGAAUAAGCAGGGGAGUUUAAAACAAACCUCUUGAAAUCUUUAGGGCGAUACUGGAUCAGUGGACAAGAACACACAUUUUGUUUUUUCCCAUGUGUGUGAGAGUUGGUGUGUGUGUGCUGUGUUAUCUGGGACGCAGCCCCAUGGUGAUGUCAGCUCUGAGAACAUGGCAGCCAGCAUCUGGUGUGAAGUCUGUGGAAAUUCUCACAUCAAGCGCGGAGGCAGAGUAAACACCCACAAAUAGCAGAAGAGGGAACGGGAGGGAGCGGGAAGAGCACAGAUUGUUGCUUUGUACACACCCUCAGCCCUAUUUCUUUUUUGAUAAUGUGGCCUGCACAACUUUGUAGCAUGUGGAUGAGGAGUCUUCAGCUUUUUAUGAUUAAUUAAUUGCGCGCAUGUGAGCUUUCAGUUUGUGACUGCAUUUAAUUCAUAGUAAUAGCCAAGAGGGCUAUGCCACCAAUCUUCUUUUAAUCAAUAAAAAGGCUGGCAGUGGCUCUGUGUUAGCGUUUUGUAUUUACUGUGUUAUGUCAGCGUGAGUUUAUUACUCAGUAUAUUGUUUUAAUGUUCAUAACAAAGGAUGUACUUACUUUUGGUUUUUCAUUUCAUAACCAGAUGCACUUCAGUAAGUGCCACAGGUGUCACAUUAAUUGCAACCAAGCUCCUGAGGGGGGGCUGUCAGAUUGUGUGCUAGUGAGUGGGUGUUUUAGUGCAGCAGGGAAAGGUUGAGUCGUGUGUGUGUAUGCGUGUAAAUAUCUAUAAAGUGCUAUAGCAUCUGGUUGAAAUACUUACUCAGCACUGACGUGGAUUAACUGUUAAAAGCACUGGUAUUUUGCAUGAGGCAUGAAUUUCUGUGUUUGAAUUAUUUAGCAUUUUCUAGCCGUUGUGCUACUUGCUCAUCUGUUUGUCAGAAUGAUGGUGGGCUACAGUGGCUGCAUAACACCAUACCCAGAUGUUGGGUAUGGACGGUGCUUUAGGUCAAGAUGUCGUGGAUCUAGUUUCAUUGUGUUGUUCUGGCUGUGUGAGCCGUGCUGUGCGGUUAUGUAGUGCUAAUAGCUAGUUAGCUGGUGCUGUCUUGGCUUUUUGUGGCCCCUGUAGCUUUGGCAGUGUGAGGGAUUGGCAAUUAGUAUUUUCCAUUGGCAGAAGAGGAUGGGUGCAUUAACAAACUGAGGUGGAUGCAGGCUGUCCUCUGCAGUCUAGUCAUUGUUAGCACAGCCUCAGAAUUGAUUGCAAUAAGAUUCAUACUCCUCUGUAUUGUGUGCUGCUUGCCCAAUAUACUGUACAUUAUAUAGUCAGUGUAGCAGCUGAACUGGGUGUUGUCAGAUAGGAAAACCACUGCAAAAUAAAAUAAUUUGUUACUAGGCGAAGGUCUGCACAAGACAAGUAGUAACUGAUGAGUCAAAUGUUUGUCUGCUUUGAUGCUGUGUGAUAAAAUGGGCACAGUGUAAAGACUCAGGUCAGUCGUUCUGCUUCACGCAAGCACGUAGGCUCAUCGAAGCCUACUUACUGGUGGUGCAAUAUUCAGUGUUCUAGAUAAAUUCAACAAAAACUAAAAUUGCCCUAAACAGUGUCUAGCAGUCUGUUUGUUGAAUUAGCAUAUUAGACUUCCAGCUGUCACGUACCAGACUCCAGGAAGCAGGCGCUUAAAUAUGAAGUCAUACUCACAUGGCAGUGACCUUUUCAGAUGAGCUGUUACACUGUGAGCAUGACUGCAUGCCCAUCAGCAGAAGUAAUUUAAGACAUUUUUUUGACCAACACCUCAAGCUGCCUUGCUGCAUCUCUAAAGAGUAAUUAUCUUGAUUAUAGAGUUGCACAUUAAAAUGUAGAGAUGUGUUACUGCCUUAUUAGAGUAGAUUUAGUUAAGUGGUUUUGUUUUGGGUUUCUUUUCACUGGUAAUGUUUGUGUUGUUCCUAGCAUGCCUGUUUUAGAGAUGAGGAAUGCUUUUGUAUCAUUUGAAAAGAGCAUCUGAGUUUCUGAUAACUGUGCUCCCUUUGUGAGAAAAGGAUGUGGUUUCAAAACACUUUCAAACCACAAGAUUUAAACUGUUACAUGGUCUGUAUAGUUUCACUUGCAUUUGUUUUGGACCUGAGGAGUGGCUGUAAAGUGUGUGUCUAGUUAGCUUUGGCAUUGAUGAAAUUUGUCAUGACCAGACUGUUGAGUUUGUGUGCAGUCUUGUUCCACAGAUCUAGUCGCAGUUAGUUAGUGAAAUUAACUGGUACAAAAGUGUAAGGAAAAUUAGUAAACAUUAACUCCAAUAAGAGAUUGUUUAGUAACCUUUUUGCUAAGAUACAUUUGUGCAUGUUUGUAAUACAUAUGUAGACAAUGACAGGGGAAGGGGGUGAGGAAUAACGGAGGAUAGUGGUUCUUCUGUGCAUGAGUGAACUGGAAGUCCAUAGUUUUUCCAUUGCCAAAAUAAUAUGACUCUUUGGUUUUCACAAGUUUACAGAGAUUAAGGGCUAUACCAGUCAACAAACAAACAUCCAUCCACUUCUGUGCUGUUCAUUUAAUGCCACAGUUGCCGAAAUCCACUAUCUGCAAUGUGAACAAGGUCAGGGUUUGAAUUCGGAUGCCCUUUAAUGUUGUAGUGGAGCUCUUUUUUUAACAAUAACUGAUUGUAUAUGACCGUGUAUUUUCUUUAUAUAGGCUUUAACUUUGCCUUUUUGUUUUUGUCAGCCUCCACAGAGGUGCAUGAUGCAACAUCCCUCCAUCCCCCCAAGCCCAAAUCUUUACGUUACUGGUUGCGUGUUUGGUAUUGACAGGAGUUUGCUCGCUUGGUUUUUUGUGUACCAUGACUCUGCCCUUUACUGAGCUUUGUCUUGAUAACAGAAACCGUAGUCAACGCUGUAGAUGUUUGUUUUUCUCCGCUGCACCGCUCUGCAUGUGGUCCCUUGGAAACAGGAGGGCACAUCCACCCAUGCAGACGAGUCGACACAAUGAUCUACCAAAGUCACUGCCAUCUCCAUGCUACAUGGAUAAUCACUGUUUUCACCACUCUGUGUGUGUGUGUGUGUGUGUGUGUGUGUGUGAGAGAGAGAGAGAGAGAGAGCGCACGGUUGUCAUGACGAUGGUCUGUUUGGUUUCCCACUCUCAGGGUUAUCUUUAACAAGUAGUGCUAGAGUUUUAAAUUAACACAUUUUGGACCCACCAGUCUCAUUAAACCAAAGCAGCUGUGUCAUGAUUAUUGAGUCCUCAUUGUCGCCUGAUGUUAUUUCCACAUCACACGUCUCUGUAGUGUAUUGUACUUUACUCAACUUGGCUAUGCAAAAACAUAAACCUACUGUUAUAUGCUGCAACCCCUUUUCUCACUUUAUUAUUUGUCUGUGGGCAACAGUACAAGCAAUAUAACUCUGUGUACUUGUGGCACUGCACUGUACUGUAAUCUACUUUGGUCGGUCUGUGUACUUGCUUUUGUUUAAGAAAACUUGUAAAACAAUACAUUUGUAAUGCUUCUACUAUGAUGUAAUGUGCAUGUAUGUGUCAGUGUCAGCUGAGGGGCUUACAGUUGAAAAGUCAUUCUAGUUUAUAUCUCCCCCACCCGUUUUUGGCUUUUUCCUGCCUGCCUCAUCAUUCAUCAACACUUUCCUUCAUUAUUUAGUUGUGUAAGUUGAACGAUAAUGUUGAAUGAUUUUUUUUUUCGAUGAAUUCUUAUUUGAUAUCUUAGUCUGACAUUUGUGUAGCACUAAUUCAACGUGUUAGGUUUCUCACUUGAAACAGCCGCUUUUCUUUCUCCAUCUUUAUGAAUUUUCGCUGACUAUUUAACUGUUGUUGCCUUUUAAUCUUCGGAGAAUAACAACACCAUCGGUUUCUAAAUAUUUAUAUACUAUACAUAUGAAAGACCUCAACAUGGAACACAGUCAGGUUAUAAUAGACCAGGACCCAUUAGAACAAGAAAAGGUAAAAUAAAAAUAUCCCUGUUGUUAUUAUUA